GAUAUCUCAGUAUCCCGUGUAAUAAAAUAACAGCUUCCUUGUACAAUAAAACUUUGGAGGGGCUCAGAAUGAAAUGCAGUGUGUGGGUUGACAUGCUGAAGAACACAUUUCCAUUACUUUUGACAGAAAACUAGUUAAUUAUUUUUAAACAUCUCUAAUUACACAUGGAACUGCCACCUCAAUAAGAAUCGCAUAAACUAUAUUCAGUAAGUACUUAAGUAAAGUUAAUUUAUAUUGUACUUAUCACAGACAAGUGUUACAAAGUAUGGAGGACUUAAAAUGUCAAGAAUAAAUAAGUGCAUGAAUAAAUACAGGAAUAAUUAAAUAAAUGUAUACAUAAAUAAAUACAGGAAUAAAUGCAAGGACACAUAAAUGUCACAUACAUAAAUGAAUAAAUAUGUGUGGACACAUAAAUAGACAUAAAUACAUGAAGAAAUGUAGAAAUAGAUGUAUUUAAUGAUGUCCUGUUUGGGUAUAACUUAUAUUUAUGUGUUACUAUAUUUAUUUAUACAUUUAUUUAAGCAUUUAUCUAUUCCUGUAUUUAUUUAUUUAAGCAUUUAUUUAUCUAUUCCUGUAUUUAUUCAUGCAUUUCUUUAUUUAUACUCAAGACAUUUUAAGUCCUCCAUAACAAAGUCCAGUACAUAAGUCAAUUAAAACAAUUUGGCAAUAACAGGAGCCAAAACAUAAACAGAUUAAAGAGCAAGGUACAAUACACAGUUAAAAGAUGGUGCAAUAAAAUAAAAUAAAAUAAAAAAAGCAGGCAAUAGAAUAUUCAAAUCAACCAAAUGCCAGUGUAAACAGGUAUGUUUUGAGAUGGUUAAUACCUGAAUGUUUUAAGAUGGUUAAUACCUGUAUGUUUUGUGAUGGUUAAUACCUGAAAACAAUUGUGUUGUGUUUUAUAUAAUAUUCUUAAUUUGUGAUUAUAAUGUUCCCCACGGGAAAGGACACGAGCUUAGUAGUUUUCUACUUUAUAACCAUAAUUAAACGGUUUCUAAAGAUCAAUGUGUCUGUUUUACAAGAGAGAAUUGACCAGAUUAGUAAUACGGCCACGGUAAAGACGAGUCAGACAGACUCCGCCCACUUCGCGUUUUCGUCCAAUCACUGCAGCGUAUUCAACCGGAAGUUUGGAACGAACUAUACGCGGGAAAUUACUCUUCAGCUGGACAACAGGGGAGGUAUAAACAAUGAAGGUGGUGACGUGUGAGAUUGCGUGGCACAACAAGGAGCCGGUGUACAGUCUGGACUUCCAGCACGGUUCUGAUGGACGCGUUAACCGGCUGGCCACAGCUGGAGUGGACACCACAGUCAGACUGUGGCGGGUGGUCAUCGGCCCAGACGGGAAGGCAGUGGUGGAGUUUCUUUCUAAUUUGGCUCGACACACCAAGGCUGUCAACGUGGUGCGCUUUAGCCCCGGUGGAGAGAUGCUCGCCUCGGGAGGAGACGAUGCGGCAAUUCUGCUGUGGAAGCUCAACGACUCAAAGGAGCCGGAGCAGGCGCCCCUGUUCCAGGAGGAGGAAGAUGCUCAGCUGAACAAGGAGAGCUGGUCUGUGGUCAAGACUUUAAGGGGACACAUAGAGGACGUGUACGACAUCUGCUGGACACGCGAUGGAAACUCCAUGGUGUCCGGCUCUCUGGACAACACUGCGAUCAUGUGGGACGUCAACAAAGGGCAGAAGCUGUGCAUCUUGAAUGACCAUAAGAGCUACGUGCAGGGGGUGACCUGGGACCCUCUGGGCCAAUAUGUUGCCACGCUCGGCUCUGACAGGGUGAUGUGUGUGUACAGCACUCACACCAAGAAGAAAGCCUUCUCCAUCAGUAAGAUGAGCUCCGGGCCACUUGCAGAAGGAGAGGCCAAGCAGCAGCGGAUGUUCCACGAUGACAGCAUGAGGUCGUUCUUCCGGCGGCUUUCGUUCACGCCCGACGGCUCUUUCCUGAUCGCCCCGGCUGGGUGUGUGGAGCUUGGAGAGAACAUCAUCAAUACCACAUACAUCUUCUCCAGGAAGAGCCUCAAGCGGCCUAUUGCCCACUUGCCGUGUCCAACUAAAGCCACGCUGGCUGUGCGCUGCUGCCCCGUCUACUUUGAACUGAGGACCAAGACGGACGAAGACGGAUCGGCGCAGGUUCUCCCCAACGCAUUCCAGUUGCCGUAUCGCAUGGUGUUCGCCGUGGCGUCGGAGGACUCCAUCUUUCUGUACGACACGCAGCAGACGAUUCCUUUCGGCCUGGUGUCCAACAUCCAUUACCACACACUCAGCGAUCUCACAUGGUCCCGUGACGGCUCCUUCCUGGCAGUGUCCUCCACAGACGGCUACUGCUCCUUCCUGUCCUUCGCUCCUGGGGAGUUGGGCACCCCCCUGAAGGAGCCCCCCGCCCUGGAGAUGUUUGUCCCGAGCAGCGGCGUUGAGAAAAAGGGCAAGAGGUCCUCGGCGGCUCGGACUUCAUCUCCUCUGACACCGAGUGCAGCCCUGACUCCCACGUCCCACCCCAGCCUGGGCAAAGAUGUCCCCUCCGUCACCCCCCCGGAGGAGAAGAAGAGCACCCCGAGUGCCAAGUCUAAACCUCAGCCUCGCAGGAUCACCCUCAACACCCUGGAGGGCUGGGGGAAGCCCUGCGCCGCGAAGACCACCGCUCCUCCGGCACCUCAGACUCCAACAUCCGCGAGCACCAGCGCACCCUCCCCCCCCCAACCCUGUGUCCCCCCCCUCACGCCGACCAGCUCCAAGACACAGCCACGCAUCGCCCCCCUCACACCCUCCACCCCGAAAGCCCUCAACAGUGCGAAUACUGCCGGCUCCACCACACCCAAGGGUGCAACCACCCGAAAGGGGCCCACCCCGAGGAGAGUGUCUCUGACUCCCGUGGCGUCCCGAUCUCCAGCGAUCAGUUCACUCUUUCGCACUCCCUCCACCGAGAAGGCCAAACACGAACGUCCUUCUCCUCCCACCGACCCGGUGUGCCAGCCUCCAGAACCCAAACGGCCGAAGACCGACGAGCCCCCAGUAAAGACCAGUGCCACCCAGACUUAGUGUCUAAUGGGACCAGUGUGGCCUUGUGACAUCAGAGAAGGGCGCGUACGGCACAGGGUGGCGGUUGCAGAACCACGGAGGCGCCGCCGUGUGGGUCGACACGGGCCGCGCUUGAUUUAAGUAGAGGAAGAUUUCAGCACACAUAAUGUAGUCGUUAUUAAGCCAACAGCGUUGCAGUAAGUGUCCUUGAAUUAUUACUUGUUUUAGGCGUGUGUGUUUUUGUAUCAUACAGUAAACGGAUAUUUGUAUUAUAUUUGAUACUUUUAGAAGCUCCAGUGCGGUUGUAACAAAGGGACGGUUUGUCACAUUUCUUUAAAGAAACCAAAAACAUGUGACUUCUUUUUUAAACAAACUGUUCAAAACCUGAAGAAGGAGAAGAAACACAGCGAGGUUCAGUGUCUUGUGAGAGCGUUGAAUACACAACCCGAGUCGUAAUGUGAUGCAUCCCAUAACAGCUCAGGGGUGAAGUUUUAAAUGUUCUUUUUCUCCUCGUCUAAUAAAGGAUGUUUUGUACAUAGUGGUUUGCAGAAAAUAAAUGCUUGAUUUAUGCUUUCUUAACUACAAGGCUGAUGGUUGUGUAAAGUUAUUUUUGUAUUUGUGCAUCUUCUCUCAAUGUAUGCUUGUUGAGUAGAUGUACAUUAUGAUAUGUAUGGAUACUUGUCUUGUUGUAUUAAAGACUUGCCAGGA